AUGACCACCGAGCCUCUACAGCUUCAGCGCCAGACCUCGCCAUCCACCGGCCUCUCCUACCUCAGCAAUGCUACGAGUCCACAGGCCUCGCUCCAGCAGAUCUCCCUCUUCAUCCCCGGAUUCGGCUGUCCAGCCAGCGACUACAUCCCCCUGAUCACCCACCUCCACGCCCACGGCCGCACCCUCAGCGCAGGCCACGUCUAUGUCGCUGUCGACCUCCCGGGCCAUGGCGAGUCGCCUACUGCCAUUUUACCCAUCCCAGAGGCCGGAGGAAUCAACGAACUUCUCGUCCAGCUGCAUGCGGAACUGCUCUCUACCCUCUUCCCAUCCUCAGCCUCCAGCCCUAACCCAACACCAAUUCCCACCACCCUCUACGGCCACAGCAUGGGCACCCUGACCGUUCUCGACCUCUUCGCCCAUACUCUCACCACAGCACCUUCUCCUCUUAAAGUCGCAGAGAUAAUCCUUCUCGACGGCCCCUACGCCGGCACAACACCUCCAACCCCCUUGGACCUGAACAUCCUCGCCACCCACGCCGAAUACUACCGCAGCACAAUGCCCGACCGCAUCGCCCGGUGUUUCGGCCCGCACACCAGCCCCCAAACCAUCGCCGCGGUGCAGGACGCCUACUCCCGCCUGGACUUUGCAUAUCUGAUCCGGAUGUCGCAUUACUACGGGACGGUCGAUGGACGAUUCGCCCCGAUCCUGCACGCCCUCAACCGCCACAACGACCAAUUGGUAGCAACGGGCGAAAAGCCAGUGCGGUUGCUGGACCUGCAAAGCCAGGAGGGCGAUUUCGAAAGCGAGCGGAAAAGCUUGCGCAAGAGCGACGUGACGGCGCAUGCGGCGUUUGUCCGGACGGAGCUGGAUGGGCGGUGGUUGCGGGAGUACGUCGUGGAGGGGACGGGGCAUUUUCCGCACGUGGAUGAUGUGGAAGAGGUUGGGGGGGUGGUUAGGGGGUUUCUUGCGGAGGGGCUGGCUUAG